AGCAGCGCGCUCUGGAGAAGCUCCCACUCGGGUGUCUGACAAGAGGAAAAACACACUUGUUUUUUUUAACUGUCUUUUUGUUUUCCUGUCUAUUUUUUUUUCUUUUUUUUCUUCUUUUUUUUUUUUUACCAGGACGAAGUCAUGUUGUCUUGGCUCCUGCGCUCUGGAUGGUAAUGGGAUAUUUAUUUAUUUUAUUUUUUUUCCUGCGGAGCCAUCACAUGUUUCCAGUGGUGGAUUUCACUGUUUGGGAAUGUGUUUGAUGCGCAAUAACCUGUUUUUCGACGUUUCCUCCUCUGGGCUUGCCUCCACACUCUGCUUUCCGAAUGAUUAAAUAACACAAACAAAAGAAAUCUUCCCCUGCCACUGGAAUAUGUGGACAUUCUACCGGCUGAUCCCUCGUCCUGUUAAGUGAUAACAUGGCUUGAAUGGUGGAAAUCUUUUGAGAUGAAAAACAGCACUUUUGGGAAUUUUUUUCUGCUUGUGCGCGGCUCGUGCCUCAUCUCGCGCCUCAGCAGCCUGUUGUCCGUGUCCGUGGAGAAACGCGCAACUUUGCCGCGAGCUGGAGCCGGAGCGAGGGCUGGACCGGGAGCCGGGUCUGCAGCUGGUCUGACCGGCGCGCCAGGGCCACACUCGGGGGGCCAGGAGGGGGACCGACGGAGCGCCCCCGCUGUUCGGCCGUUCUGUGGUUGGACGGGGUGUCCGGUGCAGCUGUGGAGCGCAGAUGAUGAAGACGGUGGGGAUGAUGAUGAUGAUGAUGAUGAAUGGCCCGGCGGCUCGAGCAGGCACCGGGCUCUCGCCACCGUUGUGUUUACUGCUGUGCGCUCUCGUCGUUCUCCCGCCGUGCGCUCACUCGCACCCGCAGCCGUGCCAGGUGCUGAAACGGAUCGGCCACACGGUUCGGCUCGGGGCUCUGCACGUCCAGCCACGCUCGCUCUCCACGGGCGGAGCCGGCAGCGGGUCUGAAGACUGGGACUCCGACAGAGGUGUGACAGGGCGGGUGGAGUUGGAAAAGCAGGUGAAAACAAGUGCCAGCGCGCCUGGAUAUGGAAGCCUCAGGACCAGAGGCGCUGUUAACAGCCAGAGGGGAUCCAGCAGGAGCAGGAGCCAGGCGCGGCAGAGGGAGGAGAGCACCUCGAGAGAGAACCGCGUGUUCGCGCCGCGAGACUCGGUCCUGCUGGCCGUGGAGGCGCUCAACCGGGCCGGAUUGCUGCCAUACAAUUUAUCCAUGGAGAUCGUCAUGGCCGUGGGGUCCGGGCUCGGAGAGCUGCCCGCGUUCUCCUCCUCCCCCUCCUCCUCCUCCUCCGCGGGAACCCCCGAGGAAGAGGACCCGCUGUCCUUCGUGGAGAGCGUGUGCCACACGGUGAUCGUGCAGGGGGUUUCCGCCAUGAUCGCCUUCCCUCGGAACCGGGACGAGUUCGUCAAGUUGGAGUUCGUGUCGCUCGCGCUGCAGGUGCCAGUGCUGAGCGUCGUGCAGAGGGAGUUUACGCGCCACAGCGAGAAUCCUCUCCAUUUCCAAAUGGCGAUGCGGACCGUGGAGGCCCCACCGUCCCAUCUCCUCUAUUCCCUGCUGAUGAUGAAUGGCUGGUGGGACAUCAGUGUUCUGCUCUGUCAGGAGUGGGACAUUAGUGACUUCCUCAGCCUCAUCAAGAACAACACCCGCUUCCACCUGGGCAAUCUUGUCAAUCUGACAUCCAACGCCUCGACCUCACCGCAGUCUUCGCCAUCACUGUCAUACUCAGGAGUGGUUUCGAGUGUUCUGACAGGAGCGGAGGCGUCAUUGUCCUCUUUACCUUAUUUCUCCCCCGCUGCCUCAUCUUCUGCCUCUUCCUCCGCUUCCUCCUCUAAAUCGGACCAGCAGCAAGCUCUAAUGCGGCAGCUGGAGGCCCUGAGAGAGCCUUCAUCCACGACGGGAGUGGUAACGUUUGGGUGCGAGAUCCGCGAGGUGCGCCGCCUGUGGUCGCUGGCAACCAGGAUGAUGCUGCCGGAUUUUCACUGGGUUUUGGGGGACAGCCAGAAUGUGGCUGAGCUGAGAACGGAAGGGUUGCCCCUGGGGUUACUUGCACAUGGGGUCAUGAGAUCCCCUUCUCUGGAUCACUAUGUCCACGACUCAUUGGAAGUGGUUGCGCGGGCGGUGGGCAGUGCAGCCCAGGAGGAUCCCGCCCUGGCACUCAUACCUGGGACUACUAACUGUAUGGAUAUACAACAGAGCAACGGCAGCUCGGGGCAAUACCUGGCAAGAUUUCUAUCCAACACAUCAUUCGAGGGCCAGAGCGGUUUUAUAUCCAGAGACUCUCACAGCCAGAUUGUCAUCUCAGAGGCCCAUCACUACAUCUGGUCCCUCCAGCUGGACCCCCUGGGCCAGCCAACAUGGACCCGCCUGGGACGCUGGCGCAGAGGGAAAGUUCUGAUGGAUCAGGGGGCCUGGCCGGGUCAUCAUGGCUCUGGGGUUGGAGGGGACUGGCGCCGAACCUCGCGGCUGCACAUGCGCGUGGUGACGCUGGUGGAGCACCCAUUUGUAUUCACCCGUGAGGUGGAUAGCGACGGGAUGUGUCCCGCGGGCCAGUUGUGCCUCGACCCCCUCACCAACGAAACCUUGGUUUUGGAAAAGCUUUUCCAGAACCUUAAAGGACGCAACGCAUCUGUUCCCACGGACUACAAGAAGUGUUGUUAUGGUUACUGCAUCGACCUGCUGGAGAAGCUGGCGGAGGACAUGGGCUUCACCUUUGACCUCUACAUUGUGGGCGACGGGAAGUAUGGGGGCCUUAAGAACGGUCGCUGGACAGGACUGGUGGGGGAUCUGCUCAGCGGCGCUGCCCACCUGGCAGUGACGUCGUUCAGCAUUAAUUCAGCCAGAAGCCAAGUCAUCGACUUCACCUCUCCAUUCUUCUCUACCAGCCUGGGAAUUCUGGUGCGCACCCGUGACACAGCCGCACCCAUCGGUGCCUUCAUGUGGCCUCUCCACUGGUCCAUGUGGCUCGGCAUCUUCGUCUCCCUCCACGUCACCGCUGUUUUCCUCACCCUGUACGAGUGGCACAGUCCGUUCGGCAUGACGCCGCGCGGACGCAACCGCGACCGGGUGUUCUCCUUCUCCUCGGCACUCAACGUGUGCUACGCCAUUCUGUUCGGGAGGACUGUGGCCAUCAAGCCACCCAAGUGCUGGACAGGUCGCCUGCUGAUGAACCUCUGGGCCAUCUUCUGUCUGUUCUGUCUGUCCACCUACACUGCUAAUCUAGCUGCUGUCAUGGUUGGGGAGAAGACCUAUGAACAACUGUCAGGGAUACAUGACCCAAAGUUGCACCAUCCCUCUCAGGGAUUCCGAUUCGCCACAGUGAAAGAAAGCAGCGCUGAGGACUACCUCAAGAAGAGUUUCCCUGAGAUGCACGAGUACAUGAGAAGAUACAACGUCCCGGCAACACCAGACGGCAUACAUCAUCUCAAGGCUGACCCUCAGAGGCUGGAUGCAUUCAUCAUGGACAAAGCUCUGCUGGACUACGAGGUCUCCAUAGAUGCAGACUGUAAAACACUAACAGUUGGCAAACCCUUUGCUAUAGAAGGCUAUGGGAUUGGCCUCCCUCAGAACUCUCCACUAACCUCCAACAUAUCAGAGCUUGUUAGUCAGUACAAGUCAGAUGGCUUCAUGGACAUGCUGCAUGACAAAUGGUACAAGGUUGUGCCCUGCGGGAAGCGCAGCUUUGCCGUGACAGAGACACUGCAGAUGGGCAUAAAGCACUUCUCCGGUCUGUUUGUGAUGCUCUGUGUGGGCGUGGCCUUAUCUCUGCUGACCACAAUAGCGGAGCACAUUGUGUACAAGCUGGUGAUCCCGAGGGUCAAGGAGCCGCGCUUCAAAUACUGGCUGCACACGAGCCAGAGAUUACACCGGGCGCUCAACUCCGUCUUCAACGAUGACAAACUGCCUACUGUUACCAAGCCCGAGAAGAGGUGCAACGAGGGAAACAACCAGUCAGCAUCUUGGAAUCCUGCAGAGUCCUCCCACUGCAACAGGCGUAGGGUCCUUCCACAAGAGAUGCAGAACGACCUGGAACGCCCAUCGUCCCAGGAUCUUCCUCCACCACCACCACCAUCUCCCCUGCCUCUUACCCAUUCUCUUCCCCUACUGGAGAAACACCUGCCCAUAGUGACCAACUCUAAUGGUCGCUCUGACUUGUUAGGGCGGGCGUUGGGACAAGGACUGGGGCCGGGGCAGGGAAGCUCCGGGCAGGGCAUAACAUCAGGACAGUGCCGGGGUUUGGGUGCUGGCGACUGUGGCCCCGGCAUGGGUGUGGGUGCGGGCAGGAACCCGCUGGUUCAAGAGCUGUCAGAACUGGAAGGUCAAAUCCUUGUAAUCAAGCAGCAGCUUCAGUCAGCCAUGAGGAGGAAGAGAGAGCUAGAACAGUACCAAUCAGAAAACCAGCAAGCUAAACAGACUGCACCCAAUCAGCCCACUACGCACCAGUCUAACCAGUUUGCUCACUAUACCCAGUCCCACCAGCAGACUAACCAACACACAAACACACUCCCAGAGUUCUGAGGGUUUUCUCUUUGUCCUGCUUGGAGAAACUUGGCUAGACAUGGGACCUCCUUUUGGUCCUGGAGAGGGAUCCUUGUCUGAAUUGUGGAGUUUGAACAUUCAAAGAUUUCUGGGAGCUGAAUCCUCCGUUAGGCUCAGGGGUUCCCCUGAACGCUGGAAUGAAACGUUCUCCAGGUAUCUGAUCCUGCUCUGUGACUUCAGCAGAACAAUACCUGACUCCUGGAACAUGGGGUUUACUCAAACGAGAGGCAAUGGACAAAGGUGAACCAGGGACCCUGAAUUAAAUCUGUUCUCACUAGCUUGUUGCCGUCACUGAAGAGCUGUGCAAACCUUUCUCUUCUUAACUUCCCUUCCCCCAACAUCUUCACCUCCUUGUCACUUCUUUCUGAUCCUUUGAUUUCUUUCCUUUGACUUCCAUUUCUUCUCCUUUCAAACCCUUCCUCUUGACCCUCUCAUCCUUUACCUCUAAGCCUUGUCUCUUCAAGGGUACAGAUUUGCUUGCCAUGAUGAUAAGCUUCAUCACAGAUAUGACCACUCUGGUAUUUAAGCUUAAUGGGCUAAUUCACCUGAGUCUUAUGUUGAGACACAUUGAGAGUGUAAAUGACCUGAAGUUGAACCUAGCCACUUAAGUCUUUAUGUCCUUGUGUCUUGCUGAAAUCUUGUACCUUUAAGGGGGGGAGUAAAGACAUACAGCUGUUGAUGAUUGGUUGGCUAUCAGUGAUGACCUAAUGUUUCUGGCCUAUGACAAUGUAUUACGUUUGGCUUAGGUCAUUUUGUGUCCUUUAUUUUUUUAGUGCGCCUUUUUGUGGGUUGGUGGGGCAGUCGAUACAAGCAAAGAACAAAAAAGAUAUGAUGCUUCAGCAAGACAUCUCUAUAUUCAUCAAGAACCUCUGGUUGGCAUCUGGUGGAAAAUGGGACGAUAAAAAUUCUUAUUUUAGGGAUCACUGUAUAAUGUUGUCCUGCACUUCACCGAUGCACUUCUAGUUUAUAAAAGAAAGCUGCACCUAAAAGUCAUCAUUUAACUUGUCAGAACUUGACUUAUGGUCUAGAAGUUUUUCUUCUUCAUGAUGACUUUGGGGUUAUAAAAACAUGGAAUCAGCAGAAGUACUGUAUUAAAUGAUAAUAAAUCCAAGAGUUUUCAGCUUUCUCAAGCAGGGACCCAAAGAAGAAAUCUCUAACCCAGCCUAUGGAGAUCAUCCCGGUGCUCCUGUAACCUUGGACAAAACAUAAGAAAAGUUCACCCAAAAAUAAAAAUUCAGGUCUUAUCUACUCUCCCCUAGGCCCAUGAAGAGCUGGGUAAAAUGUGCUGACUCUCAAACUUUCCAUCAGCAUGGGGUGAGCACAUACUGACUGAAUUUUCAGUUUUGGUGGAACUUUUCCUUUAAAUAGUGAAUGCAAACGUCAACUUAGACCAGAUGUCAAAUUCUGACAUGUUAUUUGUACAAGACGAGCAUAUACAACUGAACACACUGAAACAGUCCCUCUGUGAUGAGACCUGUUUUCUUGCAUCGUUUCUGUUUGCGUUUGGAUGUGUUCUGUUAUUAAAAACUUACCUCUCUU